CGUCGUCGCCUAGGCGCGUACGAGACGCACUGCCCGCCAAGUUUCAGAAGAAAAUGUUUAUGUUUUGAUUGUUUUGGCAUUAGAUACAGUUAUCUUUGUGGUAUCAUAAAAACGACUGACUGUGAAAUAUGUAUGCCGGUAAACUAAAGACGGAUUCAAACAUAGCAUGGCAUCGUCCGCAAUCGUCACCGUUCCGCGUCGAGGAGGAGUUGAUGCAGAAGAGCGCACGAGCGCUCAGCACGAUCACCGACCCUCUGGAGAGACUGCGUCUACUGUGCUUCACACGCGGCGCGUCGGGAAUUAUGGAACUGGGCAGGAUUUUCCGAAAAAUGGAUGACGACGGAAGCAAAGAACUUAACAAGGACGAGUUUUUGACGGGCAUCAAACACACUGGACUGGACAUAAGCCACGAGGAUGCAGAGAAAUUGUUCGCGCAUUUCGACCCCACCAACAGCGGUACUAUUAGUGUCGAUGAAUUCAUCAAACAAAUUCGUCCUCCGAUGUCUGAAGGCCGCCAUGCUAUAAUCGACCGGGCGUUCAGGAAGCUGGAUAAACAUGGAGCAGGGGUCAUUACCACCGAGGAUCUCCGUGGCGUUUACUCGGUCGCUUCAAACCCGAGGUACCAGAGUGGUGAAGAGAGUGAAGAACUGCUCAUUGGAAAAUUCCUAGCUAACUUUGAGAGCGAGGGCACCGAUGGUGGCAAGGUAACACUUGAGGAGUUCAUGAACUACUACAGCGGCAUCAGCGUGUCCAUCGACAACGACUGCUACUUUGAUCUCUUAAUGCGACAGGCUUACAAUCUCUAGAUAUCAGGCCAGAAGCAUGGCCCUAUAAUACCAUGGACUUUAACGUCGCCAAGACAAAACUGAUUUCAAGACACGCCGAUUUUUCUCACAUGCACACGCACACAUGUACAACUCAGGCCGAACGGUCAUUGGCUCAAUCUCAAUAAGCGGGUAUGUGUGCCUGUGAAAUCGGCAUGUCAUGAAGUCAUACUCCGUUUUAGCGACGUCGUGUUCUUGCAUUUUUCGUCCAUGGCCAAGUCUUUGUUUGCCAAAUGUUUCAUACCAUUUGGACAAAGAGGACACGCACAUACACGCUUAUUUUAAGGCUUUUGUCGAGCACUCGAUCACUAUGCUUUAUUCAUGAUAUUAUUAAUGGUAAAAAUGUGUAUUUAACAAGUUCACGAUGUUUGAAACAUGCUGUUUCCUAUUAAUUAAAUAUUUUCAA